AUGUCGGAGGAGUCGAUUUCGUUGGAAGAGACUAAUAGGAUUCGUCUUUCUUUGGGGCUGAAACCGAUUCCUGGCGCUGGAGAUGAGCCGGCGAAGGCCAGCGUUGGCUCAGAAUCGCUCACGCUUGAUGAGACGAAUAAGUUGAGGGUGUCGCUAGGGAUGAAGCCUAUAGCAGCUGGUGGGUCGCCAGCUGCGGUGGGUGAAGCGAGUGACCGUGGAGGACGGAAGGAUGAGCAGCUGGAGAGCUCGCUGGCGUCGAUGAGGUCCAAGCUGAACAGGAAGCGGAAGUCCACCCUGGGGAAGACGUUGCUGGAUGAUGCCAGGGAGGGCGAGGAAGGCGUUGAUGAUUGGCUUUCGAGCCUGGGCAGGAGUGUGAGGAAGAAGAGCAAGAAGAAGAGCAGGGUGACCAUGCCAGACGAGACACCAGCGAUGACUGGGUUCAAGAUUGGCCAUAACGCUGGUGAACUGCAACAGCUGGGGGAGGAUUCGAUCCUGACGCUGAAGGAAUCGAGCAUUUUGGAUGAGAGCGACAAGCUGGAGUCUGAGUCGCUGGUUCAGCAAGCCAGGUUGAACAACGAGCUCGAGAAGACACUCAACAGCCGGAGAUUCAACGAAGAUGGAAGUGAAAAAUCGAGGCUACAACUUGCCAAAGAAGAGGAGGAGGAAGAAGGCACCAAUGAGCUCACUGUUGAGAAUGAGGUUAUUCAGCUGGGCAGUGUUAAUAAGGCACCAGAGGACGUGAAGCAUUCAACCAGGAUCACAUUCGAUUUGAGCGAAGACGAACAAGGCGAGGUGGAAGACGACUACGCAGAGGCCAAGCCCAUAAAGAUGAAAAAGCUCCUCAAGCGUAAAUCAAAGAGCAGAAGCCGACAACGAGACCGUACUGAUGAAGAGGGCGAUCACAUUCUAAGAAGUGUUGAGCUUGUGAAUGAAGAUUUGGACUUCCAGGACGACUUGGACCUACAAUCAACGCUUUCUUUAAAGAGACAACACAGGCAAAAAAAGAGGCAGAAGCUCAUGACGCCAGAGGAGUUGGCCAGGGAGAUUGAAGAGGAACGGGCCAGCAAGAUGGAGGUUGACGAGGAAUCCAGUGGUGUCGUCAUUGGUGAGAAUACAGAGUUCCUAAGCUCUCUAAAAGCUUAUCUGUUGGCUGAAACUACACCUGAGGCCACCAAGGGUGAUGAAACCAUAGAGGAAAUCCCAGCAGCCGAUGCAAUUGAAGACACUGAAGCAAUUGAAGAAGCACAACAAGAGGCAGAGCCGCAAGGCCCCGACUUCUCUGGAGGGCUGGCAUCGACGCUUUCCUUCCUCCAGUCCAAGAACGUUGUUAAGGUCAAGACGAAGCAGGAGAUCGAAAGCGAACGCCAGAACGAACAACUACGCAAACAGAUCGUGCUGAACCCAGACGACGACAAACACACCAUCGAGGCCAAGCUCAGGAACUACAAGCCUCAGGUCUCUGUCAAGUAUCACGACGAGUACGGCAGAGAACUGAGCCAGAAGGAAGCUUACAAGCAGCUAUCGCACCAGUUCCACGGCAAGGCACCGAACAAGAGCAAGAUAGCCAAGAAGCAACGGCUCGUGGAGGAGGAGAACAAGAGGAAGCAGAGCGAGAAGCUGCUGGACGAGGAGAAGAAGGCCAACGAUGGCCUUAGAAUCCAUUUCCCUCCUUGGAACGGUUGUUUGGAUCAUAUUCUGCUGUACUGCUCCGGAGGAAUAGCGUCCUAUGGUGUACAGACUAUGAAGAAAUCGCAAAAGACCUCAGAGGAGGACACUGCGACUGAGAUGGAGGUUGAGAAACUGAAGGACUAUAUCAUCUCCGAGGAUGGGCUGCUGCACCUACAGGAGGAGUCUGCGCUGAGAGCAGGCAACUGGCCGUUCAAGAAGAAGUUGCGGCACACGCUGCUGUAUGGGCUGGUGACGUUCUGUGCGCAGUUCAACUCAACAACGUUGGCAUCUGCCAAGUUCAGCGAGCUCAUCAUGGAGAACUAUGGUGUAACGAGGGAGGUCACGGUGCUAUCCUCGUCUCUCUACAUCCUGGGCAUCGCGUUCGGACCAAUGGUGUUUGCUCCUAUAAGUGAGGUCUACGGAAGGAAGAUUGGUGUGCUGGUGCCAUUCUUCAUAAGCUCGAUAUUCGCAUUCGCAUGCGCAACUGCCUACAACGUGCCGUCACUUCUGGUGUACAGAUUCUUAUCUGGGUUCUUUUCUGGAGCCCCAGUGGUGUCAUCUGGUGGAGUUCUGUCAGACAUGUUCCCAAAGCCCAGUGUGCGUGGGAAAUACCUCGCCAUCUACGCUGUGUUUGUCUCCAUGGCACCUGCUGUGGGCCCAGUGGUGUCCUCACUGCUGAUCUUUAGUAGGCCUGAGAGCGACAAGCAGGCGUGGAGGAUACCAGAGUACUUCAGUGGGCUGUUAAACCUGACAUUGUUCUUCAUCUGCGAGUACUUCAUCGAGGAGACAUACCCAGCUGCUGUGUUGAAGACUCGUGCAAGGCUCUUGAGAUUGGCUACAGGCAACUAUAACAUCCAUUGUCAACAUGAUAUGUGGAGGCUGGAGCUCAAGGACGUUGUUAGGAAUCACUUGGUUCGCCCGUUCGCCAUGCUAUUCACCCCAAUUGUGUUCUGUAUAGUGCUGUUUGCCUCAUACGUCUUUGGCGUAUUCUAUAUCUUUGUCAUCACGUUACCAGAGGUGAUGACAAUCAGCCGUGGCUGGACAGGCACAAUAUCGACGCUGCCGAACAUCUCUUUGUUUCUGGGCACCCUCACAGGCUGUAUCAUCAACAUGCUGUACGCUAAGAGGUUUGCCAAAACCAUUGAAAGAAAUGGAGGUGUUGUUAUACCAGAGGAGAGAUUCCCAUUGCUCAUGGUAUUGGGAUGGUUUAUGCCUGCUGGCAUCUUCAUCUUCUCAUGGACUUCAGACAAGAGUAUACACUGGAUUGUACAGUGUAUCGGCAUCUACAUGUUUGCUAUUGGCUUCUUAACCAUAUUCCAAGGCUGUUUGAACUACUUGGUUGAUACCUACACCAAGUACGCUGCCAGUGCCAUAGCCACCAAUACCUUUCUAAGAUCAGUGUUCGCUGCGUUCUUCCCACUGUUUUCAAGACAACUGUUUGUUAACCUUGGUGUCCAUUGGGGAGGCUCCUUACUUGGGUUCAUUGCCCUUGAUACGAGCUAG